GAACUAGACUGAACAUACCAGCAACGGUUAAAACUUUGUACUAUGUGUGCUAUAAAAUAUCAAAUUGAUUUUCUAUGAAGAGAGAGAAAGGAGUUUAGCGAAGCUUGAUUCAGCGCGAAGAGCUUUUUAACUGAAACUGAAAGGUAGAGAAAAAAAAAAAAAAAAGGGAAUGGGGAAUCAGAAGCUCAAAUGGACACAGGAAGAAGAAGAAGCGCUUAUUGCUGGAAUUGAAAAGUACGGCGCUGGUAAAUGGAAGAACAUUCUCGUUGAUCCUCAAUUCGCACCUUUACUCACUUCUCGUUCCAACAUCGACCUCAAGGAUAAAUGGCGGAAUAUGAAUGUGAGUAAUGGUACUCAAAGUUCUAGGGCACCCAAGCUCAAAGCUGCAGCUGCUCCUUCUUCUGAUAUUGUUAUUGAUGAUUCUUCUCAAAAUGACCAAGAUGUUAAAAAUCCUCCAAGGUAUAAUGCCAUGGUUUUUGAAGCUCUAUCUACAUUAAAGGAUACUAAUGGUUCUGAUCUAAAUGCCAUUGCUAAUUUCAUCGAGCAAAAGCAUCAGGUUCCUCAAAAUUUCAGAAGGGCACUGAGUUCAAGGUUGAGGACCCUUGUGAAUCAAGGGAAGCUUGAAAAGGUACAAAAUUGUUACAAGCUAAAAAAAGAAGCCUCAAUGGAGACAAAACCACCUUCACCAAAACAAAAAGAUGUCAAGCCGCAACGGCAAUCAUCCGUCUCUAAUGAUGUGCUGAAGGAAGCAGCUGAUACUGCAGCAUACAGAGUUGCUGAUGCUGAACACAAAUCAUAUCUGGCAGAUGAGGCAGUCAAGGAGACUGAAAGACUCUCAUGCCUAGCUGAACAAAAUGAUGCAAUGUUGUUGCUAGCACAAAAACUUUAUGAACAAUGUUUGCGUGGUGAAACGAUCAACUGGACUUAAGUUGGUCAAUGCAAGGUUGAUAAAUAGAUUCAUUUUGAUUUUGAUAUGUAAAAAUUUGGUGUCCAGCGAAAUGAUAUUUUAACAACUUUUUUCGGAUGUAUUUAUCAGAUUCCUUUUGCAUUUUUAUUUCUUAAAGGUGGGGGGAAGUCUUGUAUGGCCGAACUUGUCUUUCUAUUAUGUUGUAAGAGUAACAAGACUACCAAAUAUUGAAUGGAAAUUGGAUCCGAAGGGGGAGCAAUAGAAACUAUAAGACUUAACUGUAUAUUGCAUAAUACUAUCUCACAACUGCUCCUCUCUUGCCAAAAGCUAGCCGUCCAAGAGUUCUUUUUCUUCUUCUCCAUUGAAGAAAGGUGAUUUUGGGAAA